AUGGCAACGUCCGCAAGUAGGCGCGGUAAUUUCUUUGGGAAGGAGAAUAUAACCACUGUUGAUGCUCCAAAAUCCUCGAUGAAAGAUGUCAUUACUGACAAGGUCUCCAAGUAUGACCAGGAGAACCACCUAAAUGGAUUGAAGAAUGGUUCUGCCAAUAGUAUUCCUGAUUCUUACGUUGGUUACUCAAAUAUUCCGAACCAUGUAAAUGCGUACAUUUGGACUGACGCCAUGAAGGCUUUUAGGCGUGCUGUACGACAAGGUUUUGACUUCAACCUGAUGGUUGUGGGUGAAACUGGGCUAGGCAAAUCUACCUUUAUUAACACUCUCUUCCUAACUGACGUUUACGGCCCUGAUUAUCCGGGUCCUUCAAUGAAAGCUAAGGGAGUGAUGAAAGUGCGUUCUACCACUGUCUUGCUGCAGGAGGACGGUGUUACUUUGCGCUUGUCGGUCAUUGACACUCCUGGAUUCGGAGAAUGUGUGGACAAUACUGAAUGCUGGAAGCCGAUCGUUAACUACAUUGAAGCUAGAUUUGAUGACUAUAUGACUGCAGAAGGACGCGUUUUCCGUGAUUCAAGAAAGAUUGCAGACACGCGUGUCCACGCUUGCCUGUAUUUUCUUGCUCCAACGGGUCACCGACUUAAGAGCUUAGAUAUCGAGUGUCUCAAACGAAUUCAAGAUAAAGUAAAUGUCAUCCCUGUCAUUGGAAAAGCGGACUGCCUCACACCGGAAGAAUGCAAGGAGUUUAAGAAAAAUAUUCUAGCGGAUCUACAACAGCAUCAAAUCAAAAUAUACGACUUCGUUGAGGGUGAUAAGACCAAUGCCGAGGGACAGUAUUCUUUCACAGGCGAGACGAAGAUGGACUCAGAGAGGAGUCGGAUGCGGGGCCUGCGAGACCGCAUUCCUUUUGCAGUAGUGGGUGCCAACACCUACAUAACUAACACCGCGGGCCAUCGAGUACGCGCUCGCACCUAUCCCUGGGGCACGGUUGAGGUAGAAAAUGUGGAGCACAACGACUUCGCUGUCCUUAGUUAUUACCUCAUCCAGAUGCAGAUGCAGAAUCUGCGUGAGGUGACCCACCGCCAGCAUUAUGAGAACUACCGUGCUUCGAAGUUGUCAGGCAUUGCGCAAGACAGUAACUUCAAGACUCAUGACGGUCAGGAUCCCAUGAUGCUGAUGGAUGCGGAGAAGCGUGAACACGAGCAGAAAUUGCGUAAAAUGGAGGCCGAUAUGGAGGCUGUCUUCGCUCAGAAGGUGGCAGAGAAGAGUCAGAAGCAGAAGGAGUUCGAGGCGGACCUGGUGCGUCGAGCAGAGCAAAUGCGAGAGCAGCUGAGGCAGGAAGAGGCGGCGCACGAGGUGGAGCGCCGUGCCUUCGAGGAGCAGAAGGCGCGCUGGGAGGAAGCUUGGCGUGAGUGGGACAUAGGCGCUGAUUUGGCCCACAGCACCGCCGGGGGCGGUCUCGGCGAACGCGUCCUUUCAGAGGUCAUUAAGGAGCGCAGUAAGACCGAGAAGAAACGCAAAGGUCUCUUUUGA